GCGGUUCGUCGGCUCACAAUAUUAUAAAGAAAAAGGUUUCCUGGAACUCUUCACGGCGGAAACAUGUCGAAGCGAGACGCGUUUUUAGAGGCUACCUGUCAGGAGAAAGUGGAGGACUUCCUCCACUUUAUCCAGCUCCAUAAGGACAGAGCGGAGCCUUUCGACGUGGAGGAGGUGGUGCAGGAGAUGCCCAGGAACCAGAGAUUGACUCUCUGGGGGAAACUGGGCUCACUCCUGCAGGACGUCCUGCUGGAGUUGCCUCCAGAGCGCUGGGCGGAGGACCGGCAAGAGUGCAUGGAAGUGGAGUCAGCGGCGGAUCCUAAACACAUCAUGGCUGUCGUGGAUGGCGUGACCCUCGUGGCUGAUGUGUCCAUAAAGGUCCUCCAAGACGGGGACACCUACAGUGCCCUUCUGGAAAUUGUCCAGCGGCUUCACGAUGUUCUGGUGUCACUGCCUGCCUCAGAGACCCCUCUGCUGCUCCAUAUCCACACGCUGUGCGAUGCCUGGUGGCAGAAGGGGCUGAAGGAGAAAGAACAGUUUGGCCGCACUGCUUUCCUCCUCUCGCUGCAGAAGAGCUUCACGUUGAAGAAGCCGGGUGUUGAGAUCCAGAGAGUCUGGAGUCUCCACGAUGUGCUUUUGAGUUUGGACUACACAUCGGAAGAAAACAAGCAGAUCAUCGACUUGUUGCUCCAGUGCUUCAAUUGCCCCAAUUACAUCAGAAACGAUGACGGAAAGCGAUUCCUGGUGUUUCUUUUCAGCUGGAACGUCGACUUCGUCUGGGCUAUUCACGGCACCAUUAAAAACCAGCUGGAGUUUUAUAACAAGACCACGACUACUCAUAUUAUGGAGAUCUACUUCAGAGCAUGGAAGAAGGCGAGCGGGGACUUCCUGGAGAAGAUUGAGAGCUCAUGCAUUCAGGAUUUUAUGCAGAAUGCGAUCUUCCUUCCUCGAGCAUCUCCUGUCCACGCCAAAGUCCGCCAGAUCUUGAGCUAUUUCCACUCAAAGAAAGGCUGCAACAAGUUGGAUAAGAUGCUCUAUGAUCUCUACAAGCCCAUUCUCUGGAAAGCUUUAAGUGUUCCGAACUUUGAGGUGCGUGCAAACGCCACUUUGCUUUUCACCGAGGCGUUCCCGGUCCACGACCCGGAGCAGAACAACAAGAAUACCGAUGAGGCCAUUCAAAAGCAGCUGGACACGGCAAUGAGCCUCCUUGAUGACCCUCAUCCUACCGUACGCUGCAACGCCAUCCUGGGAGUCUGUAAGAUCCUCUCCAAGUGCUGGGAGCUCCUCCCUCCCACAAUUGUCACAGACUUCCUGAAGAAGCUGGUGAUGGAGCUGGCGUCUGACUGCAGCUCCCCUGACGUCCGGUGCUCAGUCUUUAAGUGUCUGACUAUCGUCUUGGACAACGGUCUCAGCCAUCCACUCUUGGAAAGGCUCCUGCCUACCCUCAAAUACAGCCUGCAUGACACCUCGGAGAAGGUCCGCAUAGCUUUCCUGGACAUGCUCAUCAAGGUCAAGGCGGUGCGCGCUGCCAAGUUUUGGGACGUGUGCAGCAUGGACCACCUUUUUGCCCGCCUGGCUAUCGAUUCCCAACCGGUUUCCAAGCGCGUUGUCGAUCUGCUCUUCAAGUCCUUCUUCCCCGUCAACGAGGCGGAGAAGGAGUGGUGCUCCCGCUGCAUCACCCUCAUCCAGAUGAACCCCAUGGCUGCCAGGAAGUUCUACCAGCACGUGCACCGACACACAGCCCCGACGAAUAUAAUAAAGAUGAUGUUGGCCAUUCGCCGCGUCGUGAACAGCUGCAUCCAACCGGACGCAGACGCCUCCGAGAUUAACGACAGCAACAAGGAGAACGGCGAAGCCGAACCUCUGUUUGGGAAAGACAUGGCCAUCGUGUCCAGUCUGCUGGAGAUCGUGGUCAUCCUUUGGAGCAGUGUGGAGAAGGCCCUGAAACAAAACCAGGAGGCCCAGAAGUACACUUUCGCCAAGUUUGGAAAUGUCAUGUCCAAGUAUUUCCAGGCCUUUGAGGAUGAGCGAUGUACCGUUCCUCUCAUACAGCUGGCCUCGUUUAUGCCCCCAGCUUCUGUUCCAACAUUCAGCUGCGGCGUCCUGUCCAGACUGAGGAAGAUGGACUCGGGAGCAGCGCCAACGCAGUACGGACAGCUGUUGGACUGCAUGUGCAGCUGGGGCCUGGCAGCCGACAUCCUCGAACUCAUCACCGACUGGCUCACGGAGGCUCUGCUCAAGGAAGGGGACAACGCCAAACGAAAGGUGCGUAUCCAGCAGACGGUGGAGGCCAAACCAGACCUGGCACUGGCUUACCUGGAGUACCUGUUCAGACACACGUUGGCGCGGGAGAAAGUCCUGGCUCUUGGCCGGCGACCUCUGAAGCAGCUCCAUAUAGUUCUAGGAAACUGGAGGUCGGUGCUGUACGCUCACUUCAGCUCCUCGGCUGAGGGCCCCAAGGGCCCCGGCGUGGAGACGGCGCUGAAAGUCUUCACGCAUCACGGACGUCUCUGUGCACACCUGCAACACAGUUCCUCAGAGGGACGAGACUACCUGCUCUCUAUGGAGGAGGUGGCAGCGUGGGUCGCCGAGAAGGUGCUGCCCUUCCUGGCUAAACGAAGCAAUGCGGAGGAUGAGGAGAAGGAGGAGGAGUCAGAGAAGUUUCAGCCACUUGCUGCAAAGAUAACUGAGAGUUUCCUGUCCGUGUGCCGAGAUGUUUUACUCGUGGGUUUGGCCGACGACACGUUCAAGGGUAAAAUCCUCCACCUGUGCUCUCUCACCCUCCUCUCAGGGACCGGAUACCUGUGUAUUCCUGCAGUGCUGCUGAUUUUGAAGGAGGUGGCAGACAGCCUCGUACCCGAGGACAACAACAACAGCAACCAGGCUCGGGAAAAUGAGGAAGAUGCAACCACUGUUGUCCUGUGUGUGGUGGCCAACAUCUUCCAGAAGAUUAUCGAGCUCUUGGCCCGCCGGCUUAAGAAGGAGCCAGAGGAGGGCAAGCGGCUGUGCCAGUCCGCCGUGCCCGGCCUGGCAGGCUUCCUCCAGGUGGCUCAGACCUGGGACAAAGCUCCUCUCUGCGGCGUCUUCUCGACUCUCUUCGCCGUCGUCAUCGUGGAGAAGACACAUUUGCUUCAGAAGAUUACCCACCCUGAGGAGGUGAUCACCCCAGAGUCGGUGGAGGACAUGCCUCCUCUGUCCAGUAUCCUCCUGUCGGUCAUCCUCAAGUCCUCCUCUCUCACCCGGGCAUUUUUGACAGAAGUCAGCUCGUCUUUCGACUCCGAGGCCAUCAGCAGUCUGAACGAACUGGCUGCCGUCCUGCACGUCUUGGCGGUCGUCAGACACACGGGGAAGUCGAAAGCGGGUUUGAAGAGCGCCGCCACAUCCGUCCAGCAGCAGAUUCACAAACACGCAGUCGCAUCUGGAGACAAAGGGGACAUCCAGAGGGUUAUUUACGAAUCUUCUGUGAAGACCUUGAAUGAAAUUCUGGAUUUAUGAGUUGACCUAUUUGAUGGGCGUUAUCUGCCUCACAUUUGUAUUUUAUGAAGCCGAAGAGAGCAGUAUCAUGUCUGCCUGGCUGUUGCAUUACAUACUUACAGUUGCUGGCAGACAAAAAUGACUUAAUUAAGUAUUGAAACUCCACUGACCGGGCUUCUUACAAACCAUAUGGUUUGGAUUGAAAUCUAAAGCUGGGGACGAGUCCGUCUGCAUGUUUUUCUAGAUUUGGCUCCACUUCUUUUUAUUUAUUUAUUUCUUGAUGGCACACAUCGCUAAAGUCCUGUCCCUCAGGAUUUGUUCAUUGAUAAUGUUCAGAAAUAUUGAUGGAGAAUCCCAUAAAACCCCGAAAUACUGUUUCUUAAAUUGAGUGGUAUUCAUCUAAAAAAGCUUUUGCUUGCUUCAUUUUCUCACAAUUUAUAUGAAAUACAUAUAUUUUUUAAUGUCUCACUAUGUUUAUGUAUCUGUUGGUCUGUCAGCUGUAGCUCACGUUUUUUAAGAAUAAAACAAACUGUAUAAAUCAA